GUGGUCACAUCGUCACCUCUUCAAAUAAAUUGAAUUAAAAUCUGUGUUUAAUUAAAAAUUAAAAACAAAUAAUUUAAUAAACAAUAUUAACAAUAUAUUAAUUGUUUAUUCACUAGUUAAUCUAGUGAUAAUUAAUUGCGUCUAGUUUUUUGUUGUAAAAACUAAAAAAAAAAAAAAAUCAAGAUGGGUGAAUGGGACGAUCCACCAACAACUACACCUGCAUUUGCAAGUAAUGGUAAAUCAGGCAGAGGACGUGGUUUUAGACCAGCUAGUGGUUCCAGUGGUGGAGGAAAUGAUGAAUGGGGAAACAAUAGUUCAUCAAACAACAACAGCGGUGGAGGUGGUGGUGAUGAUUGUGGUAAUGGUUCCUCAAACAAAGCUGCAAGUAGUAACAAUGAUGAAUGGGGUAAUGGUUCCUCAACCAAAGCUGCAAGUAGUAACAACAAUGAUGAAUGGGGUAAUGGUUCCUCAAGCAAUGCUGGUGGUGGCAAUGAUACUUGGGGUUCAAGUAAUGAUAACAAUGGUGAUGGUGAUGAUCGUGGUGGACGCGGUGGUCGUGGUGGCAGAGGAGGUAGAGGUGGUGGACGUGGUCGAGGUGGUGAUCGUGGUGGACGCGGUGGUGGACGUGGUGGUGAAAAAAUAAAUACUGCUAUUGAUAUUCCAUUUGAUGAAAAACAUGUUCUUGUAAUUGAACAUAUCACUGCAACACAAAAGAAACGCAGUUGCAAAAAUUCAUGGGACAGUAAUGGUACAGUCGAUGAGACAUAUGCAUUUGUACAAAUUAAUAUUAUGGAAUUAUUGAACUGUGGUUUCCAAACACUUGUCAUUUUAAAAAUAGAAAAAUGA